AUGGAACACGCGCUCAUCAUGAAUCCAGCCGCGCAUCCACCCACACUCACUUUUUCACAUGCACACACCAUAGACAAUCCCAGAAUAUCACAACCACACCCCCCUCCAAAAACCAAGGCACAGAAAACAAUGUCCGCCGUUGAAUUCUCCGGCGUCACACCCAUCUUUCGCAUCUUUGACAUUCCCAAGGCCGAGGCCUUUUACGUCGACUAUCUCGGCUUCCGGCAGGACUGGGACCACCGCUUUACUCUCGACGACGAGCGCGGCACGCGGGGGCCCUCGUACCGGCAGAUAUCGCGCGGCGGGCUCGUCCUGCACCUCAGCGAGCACCACGGCGACGGCAGCCCCGGCGCCAACGUGCGCGUCACGGUGCGCUCGGGCGCGCUCGCCGAGCUCCAUGCUGAGCUGAGCGCCAAGGAGUACGCCUACAUGCGGCCGUCGAUCGAGGACGGUCCCGUGCCGGGCUCCAAGGAGCUGCGCGUCACGGAUCCGUUUGGCAACCGCAUUGCAUUCUGCGAAGAGGCACCGAAAUAA